GAACGUCACUGUUAAAUCCUAAGUAUAGCAGUCAUAUAACCAGGGAGUGAGUAACCGUUAACCUGGGGUCAGAGGGUGACCGGAGACUCAGUCAAGAGCUCUGCCCUGAGUAACAUUGAGGAGAUCCGGGACAAGUGACAGCCCCUCCGCUGCCUCGCCAUGCACUCCAGAGCUUACAUCUUGCUGGAAAGCGAGUUUCGGCAGUUACAGCACAGCACACGUGAGGGUAUCACUGCUUUUCCUACAAGUGAAGACAUGAUGAGUUGGAGAGCUGUGAUUAAAGGACUUCAGAACACAAUUUGGGAAGGAUGUAUUUUCCACCUGACAAUAAGUUUUACACAAGAGUACAACCUUUUUCCUCCAGUUGUGAAAUUUAUAACAAUUCCUUUUCAUCCAAACGUAGACCCAUAUACUGGUCAACCCAGUAUAGACAUUUUGGACAGCCAUGAGGCAUGGGACACAAAUUAUACACUAAGAAGCAUUUUACUUGCUCUACAGGUGUUGCUUUCUAACCCUAUCCUGGAAAAUCCAGUAAAUUUGGAAGCAGCCCAACUGUUGAUUAGAGACGAGAAUAUGUAUAGAAUAGUAACUCAGAAACUAUUUCAGCCAGGAUCACAAAGUUCUGGAAAGAAUGCACCACCUAUCAGACUCCAGGUCACCAGAGCCUUUCUUAUUUUCUCAUUGCAGAAGAAGAGAGCAAGCUGGACUUACCCGCAGAGCCACAGGAGCCCAUCAGUUGUUGGAGAUCCAAGUUUCAUGGGAAAGUAUUACAAAUGGAAGCGACAGGAACUGCAGCAUCCUAAGCAAUGGAAGUUGAAGUUUGGGCUCACUAAGUGUCAGUUCGCUAGAGAAAAUAAAUUGCCUCAACGCAGUAACAAUCGCUUCUUCAAAAAGAAGGUUGUCCACCCAUCUCCAAGUAAGUUGGAUUUAGCUUUUUUUUUUCUAUCUAAACUAUUGUUUAUAAUUAUAAACUUAAACUAUUGCUCAACUCAAAUAAGUUUGAGUACAUGCGGCUUAAAGAGCAUUAUUUCAACCCUACCAAAAACCACUGAACGUUCUCAUGAUUAUGAAACAGAAAGUGAAGAAGGGGUUUAUGAAGUACCACAGGAGUGGAAAAAUAAAAACUCACCAGAAGAGAGUGAAUACGAAGUACCAUUGGAAGACGAAGUGGACACCCUGGUUGCCUGGACCAGUUCUCUUAAUGUAGAUUCUUUGGAGUACGACAGCUAGCCCACAAGGAUUUCACACAGCACCCAGCUAUAGCGCAGCCUCAUUGGAUCACGUUUGGAAGAUGCUCAGAACAUGGCUUCUGCUCUCUAGCCCUGUUGGUCUCAUCUUUCUACAAGCACAAAAUACAAAUAUAAGUCAAUGAAUUUGUUGCUGUAGGUUUUAAAAACUCUAUUCCUGUUUGGAACUAAGUAGUCAAAAUUGAGUGCUUACUGCAGUGUUCUGUCAAUGCUGUUACACAUAUUCCCACAAUCCAUAGGGUACAGGAACUAAGUUCUUACCAGCAACAGGCAGUGGGACAGCAAUAAUGCUGAAGGACAAAAGGAAGGACAGGCAUUUCAGAGCAUGGGCUUAACCCAGGUAGAGAAACCUGU